CUCUGUUCACUUCGCUUCACGUCCCAGUAAGAAGAAGAAGAAGAAGGAGAAGAAGAAGAAGGAGAAAGCGAGCACACACACAGACACACACACAGGCACACACAUAUAUAUAGAUACACACACAAGGACUUUCUAUCUCUCUGCUACGUUUAUUCACACACCGACGUGUCGGCACGCCGCACCCUGAGCCUCACGAGCUAUAACACACACACACACACACACACUGAACCUGUAACCUCUUGUCUUAAGAGUCGUCCUUGCUGGGAAACACUCGGAUCUUCACACGGGUGGUUGUGAGACAUCCCAGAGGACCCUGCCUACAGAAAACAGUCAACCAGACACACAUCUCUAAGUGGCGUCUCAUUGGUGGUCAGUGUUGCAACAAGCAUCAGGAUUGGCCGCUGAGCUGUGGGAUGUCCGUCUGACUCAGCGACGCGAAUGACAGGCAUCUGUCCUCAAGUGGGGCCUGCCUCAGUCUCACAUGAUUGGCUGCUGGAUGGAAUUAAGGUGAAUGGAACACAUGCCCAAGGAGCAGGAUCUUAACCAAUCAGAGACAGAAGAGAAAAGUUCUGCGUACCGUCUCGGAUAAUUUGCGCUCCCUCAGGCUCUCCAUCAUAAGGUGGCUCAAUGGCCCAAAAAGGAAGAGGAAGAAUAGUCAGUGUUCGAUGAAGAACAUGUCAGGGUACAUCCCGAGUUAUCUAGAGAAGGAUGAGCCGUGUGUGGUGUGUGGAGACAAAGCCACUGGCUACCACUACCGCUGUAUAACCUGUGAGGGCUGCAAGGGUUUCUUCCGGCGCACCAUCCAGAAGAACCUUCACCCGUCGUAUUCCUGCAAGUACGAUGGCUGCUGCAUCAUCGACAAGAUCACACGCAACCAGUGCCAGCUGUGCCGCUUCAAGAAGUGCAUCGCAGUGGGCAUGGCCAUGGACCUGGUUUUGGACGAGGCGAAGCGAGUGGCCAAGCGGCGUCUCAUCGAGGAGAACCGGGAGAAGAGGAAGAAGGAGGAGAUGGUGAAGACCCUGCAGAACCGACCCGAGCCCACGGGUACAGAAUGGGAGCUGAUCCGCCUCGUGACCGAGGCUCACCGCCACACUAACGCCCAGGGCUCACACUGGAAACAGAAACGUAAAUUCCUGCCUGAAGACAUCGGCCAAUCUCCUGUAGCCCCCACGUCAGAUGGGGAUAAAGUCGACCUGGAGGCCUUCAGCGAGUUUACCAAGAUCAUCACGCCAGCCAUCACACGUGUCGUCGACUUUGCCAAAAAACUGCCCAUGUUUUCAGAGCUGCCUUGUGAGGAUCAGAUCAUCCUGCUGAAGGGCUGCUGUAUGGAGAUCAUGUCUCUGCGGGCGGCGGUGAGGUACGACCCCGAGAGCGAGACUCUGACGCUGAACGGAGAGAUGGCCGUGAAGAGAGAGCAGCUGAAGAAUGGUGGCCUGGGCGUGGUCUCUGAUGCCAUCUUUGACCUGGGCAAAUGCCUCGCACAGUUCAACCUGGACGACACGGAGGUGGCGCUGCUGCAGGCUGUGCUGCUCAUGAGCUCAGACCGCUCAGGUUUGACGUGCGUGGAGAAGAUCGAGAAGUGCCAGGAGACGUACUUGCUGGCGUUUGAGCACUACAUCAACUAUCGCAAGCACAACAUUCCCCACUUCUGGCCCAAGCUGCUGAUGAAGGUGACGGACCUGCGCAUGAUCGGGGCGUGUCACGCCAGCCGCUUCCUGCACAUGAAGGUGGAGUGUCCCACCGAGAUGUUCCCUCCUCUCUUCCUCGAGGUCUUCGAGGACCAGGAAGUGUGAGCGCUAGAAAGGAACGACAUUUUUUAAUGUUUUUUUUUGUACACACCUGAGCAUCUCCGUCCUUUUAAACACUUCGACACACGUCCCGGUCCCUGGUUCAUCCGCCUUCCCACGCGUCGAACGCACCAGCAGCAUGAUUUCAGAGGCAGGACCUUCUCCGGAGCUCAUGUGCUCCUUUGAUGUUUUGCAGAAAACGGCUAUUUAUUCUACGUUUGCUUUUUUUACAGAGUGUUUAAACUCCUUCCACUUUAAAUUUUCUCCGCCGGCCUAUUUGCAGGCGGCCCUUCUGUCUCUGCGCUACGUCUUAGACUGAUCUACCUGAAACUGAACCUUUAGCAGCUAUGGACACACACACACACACACACACACACACACACACACACACACAUGUCUAACCUCAAGUCAGAACACUUCAACACACACACACACACUACUCUCACACCAGCUACUCAGAGCAGCUCUGUUGCACAGGGCGUGUACAGAAACAAGGCGCUAAUCCAGCACUAGAUUCGUGUUAGCCAGUGGUCAGGUCAUUUCAGUCAUCUAAACUCAUCCUGGUACCGCUAACGAUGACCACCAGUGUCUCUCUCUCCUUCUCUUUUUCUUUCACACACACACAAACGAGCAGAUCAGCAUCGUCAGAGUCAUCUUUGUAGUAGUAGUAGUAGUAGUAGAAGGAUGGUUGUAGCACGAAUUAAACAGACCUCAUUUCACUGAUCCUAGUGAACCGUGUGCAGGCUGGGAGGAAAGUUCUAGAAAGGUGCUGGAUUUAAUUAAAAAGCUCGAAUGGAUGUGGAACGUUUUGAAACCCACUUCAGAGAACAAACGCAGACUCACGGCACAGAGCGCUGCUGUCGCUUGUGUUCGUCCUUCCGCCUGGUCGUAGCCUGGGAGUAUCUCAUCGGAGUCGUGUUCCAUCUUCGGCUCAUCGCAUAAUUCUACGUCUCUCACCCUAGAGUUCCUUUUUCUCUUCACGAGCAAGCAGUCAGGUCUGAUGCCUGGGGAAUAAAGCCUAUAGUAACGAAAGAAAGACCACGGUAACGAACACGAAUACACAUUUAUUUAAUCGUUUAUCUGCAGUAAAAGUCUGGUCACGCCUGCGGAGGUUACGGUUUACAAAAUAUAUCAAAAAAUUUCAUUUAGUCGUUUAGUAGAAUUUGUUUUCUUUUUUUUUUAUUUUCACAAACUGCAAAAAAAAAAGUAAAAAUAUUUUGGGGCUUUUUACACCUGGUCACUUCAUGUGUUUUCUGUGAUCAGAGAGCUAUCCGAUGGUAAAAAGACCAGGUCUAAAUGCCCUCUGAAACGUUUUAGAGACGGAUAUAAAUCUGAUGGUUCAAACCACUUCAGGAGGUGGUCUGGGACGCGUUUCAGAUGAAACUGGACAGGUGUAAAUGAAUGUGGUUGUUUAAGCCACAUACGUCAGCGCUAUACUCCUCCCAAACGGAAGUACGUCACUCGCAGGUGAUCUUUCACCCAGGCGUCUCGUCGGGGCUUAAAAUGCGCUGCUGCCGCCAGCGAAAAUGCAGCAAACAUUAAAUAAUGUUUUUUGUAACAUAAACGUCGUAACGAGUUUUUUCAUCUUCUUUUUGAUUGCGUUCUGAAAACCACAUACACCAAAGUGUGUUCCAUUUCAAUCACCCCGGAAAUGAGGUCAAAUGUAUUUGCAUUUUGGGCGGGAGUAGAAAGAUCGGAUCGAUAUCCGAUUCGCCGAGGCGCAUUUAUGUGGCCUAAUGUAAAUGGAACAGUUUUAACAAGUCAGACAGCUAUCGGAUCAGAGACAACACAUGAAGUGACCAGGUGUAAAAAGGCCCUUUGACUAGUAUUCAGAUCCCUCAAAAUUUAAAAAGAAGAGAAGAUGCCGCAAAAUUUAAAACGAUGCAAUCCGUCUUUAGACAUUUCAGGCUCGUGUGCUAACCAGGCUGAUUAUAAAAAAACCACUGAAUAGUAUUAUGUUCCUCCCAGACCGAGCACACACACACACACAAACACACACACACCUCAGAAACCUGUAAAGCCUCAUUACUGUAUGCACUGCAGUGCUGUUGCUCUAAAACCAUCUCCACCCUCUCUCCCUAUCUGGGCACAGACAUCGCUCUGGGUGUGCCACACACACACACACACACACACACACACAGUGAUGAGUGCAGACAGAGCAGGCAGGUUAGUGACACGAUGGACUGGCUGUUUCAUGGUAUUGUUUUUUAAUUAUGAUGUUUUUUUUGUACCUCAGUUCAGGCACACCUCAGGCUGUGGCUCCACAACUGCCUCUGUGCUGACAGGCUCUACCUCACCUCUGAACAGAGAGCAGCUACCUCACAGCCACCUCCUCCUCUCACACACACACACACACACACACACGUGCGCUUGAACACACUGACGUAUUCAUGAGCAGGAACACAAAGAAAUCCCUCAAUCAAGAACCAACACACUGACUCAGCUCUCGCUCUCGUCACCGUAGACAGGAGGGCCGACCAUUCCUCAUCCUCGUCCUCUUUCCUCAUCCUCGUUCCUCGUCCCUGUUCCUCAUCCUUGUCCUCACUUGUCACCUUUUUUUCUUUUUUAUCAACUCAAAGUCAGGCUGGGAGGACAACGGAGGCCAAUUUUUUUUUUUUGAACAAGCGGGACCAAUCGACACAUUUGGAAAGUUUAGACGUCCCCUUUUCCAUUCCAUUCAAAACGGACACCGACUUUGCUCGAGCAGAAAUCGAAAGCUAGAGGAAAAUCCAAGUGGAAAAUCGAAACGAAACAAAACAAAGAAGGAAAAGAGUGAGCUUUUGUUAUCGCUCAGAAAAGACAAGAAUAUAAUCAUGAAAAAUAAUCAAGCUAAAGCAGAAAGCUAAAGAUGAAAGUGGGCGUGAUCCUGAUUCGUCAUGGAAACGAUCCGAAAACCACAACGUUAGGUGAUUUUCUACUUAGGAAAUGACCAAAACCCCCUUCCUGCCUUCAUUUAUUCAUAUAUACGUGGGCGGUGACUUCUAGCUGAAGCCACGCCUCCUCAGAACAUUCUCCGAAUCAGUAUUAAAACGACCACCACCAUUUUUCUGCUUCAAAAAAUUAAAAAAAAAAAAAAUGAAAUGCUUCUACUUUGUCUAACUUGUCCAACACCAGUGGAUAAGCCCCUCCCUUAAGUGACAAGGUCCAGCCUUGGCCACGCCCCCCACACACCACCGCCGAGCGAACGUGAACCGGAAGAGCGUGAAGUGAAGAGCAAAUCAGAACGGAGGCUCGUGUUGCCCCACCCACUUUCAUCUCUAACCCCACCUCAAAGGCAAGAGAAUCCAAAAUCACGUGUCAAGGAGUUACCAUGGCGACCGGUUUCAAUAUUUGGGUUUGUGUGCAUAACAGCAGGGGUGAUGAAGCUGCUCUACCUUUCGAGUCUAAUUUUAUUUGAGAGACAAAAAUAUGGAGAAAUUCUAACAAAAAAAAACUUUCAGGACUCCAGAACAAAGUUUUAAAAAUUGGAGCUAUUUCUGUUGUUUGUUUGUUUGUUUGUUUGUUUGUUUGUUUUCUUUAAUCUCGAUGUUUUUAUUUUGUUUGUUCGUCAGUUUUAUGGUGCUUAACUGCUAUGUAAGAAAGAAAAAAAAACAGCCGUAGUCACUUUUCUGACCAUGCGUGCAGUGUAUGUAAAAAAAACAACAAAAAAAAGAACGAAAGAAAAGAAAACAACCUCAAGACAAGAAUUUCACCUCCUUUCUCACCUCACGAAUAGUUUGUACCCGUAAGCCAACCGUCUCGCUCUGUUUGUCUCUGUGUUUCUGUCCCGAUGUCCGUCCUUUUAUCCAGAUGAUGAAUUUACAGCAAAAUCUGACAACAGAAAUAUUUUUUUUAACGUUUUGUUUCUUUUUUUAAUGAACGAAGACUCUGAAACAAAAAAAAAACAGGAAAAAUAAUUUAAAAGAAACUGAAAAUAUAAAAAAACAAAAAACCUGAAACACAAUCUUCUCAUACCUCACGCAACAGGAGAGGAGCGCGUAUCAGCGAGGCUCAAGUGCAGCCAGAGUCUGUGUCAAGAGACGUACGACGAGGUAAAAGUGUAGGAUCGUCAGUCGUUAUCUCUCUCACACACACACACACACACACACACACACACACACACACACACACAUACAGCUCGACGCUUCAGGUUCGAAAUCCGAGGAUGAGGUUGUAGCUUAGCGAGGAAGUGAUCAGUGUGUGUGCGUGUGUCUGUGUGUGCAUGCGUGUGUGUGUCUGUGUUGCUGUGCGCGUGUGUGCGUGUGUGUGCAUGCGUG